AUGAAGUUUCUUCUGUUGGUGCUGACCCUGCAGGUCACUGCUUCGGGGACGGUUCCUCUGACCAACUCUGCAAGCUCUAAAGAAAAUGAUGUGGUAUUUGCUCAAAGGUACCUGGAAAACUUUUACGGUUUUGUGAUGGACAGAAUUCCAACAACAAAAAUGAAAGUCAAUAGGGACUUCAUGGAGGAUAAAAUUCAGGAAAUGCAGCAGUUCUUGGGGCUGAAAGUGACUGGGAAACUGGACUCAUCUACUCUGGACAUGAUGCACAAGCCCCGAUGUGGAGUGCCUGAUGUUCAUCACUUCAGGACAAUGCCAGGGAGACCAGUAUGGAAGAAACGUUUAAUUACCUACAGAAUCAAUAAUUACACUCCUGACAUGCGGCCUGCAGAUGUUGACUAUGCCAUCCAGAAGGCUUUUCAAGUAUGGAGUGAUGUGACCCCUCUGAAAUUCAGAAAGAUUAAUUCAGGAGAGGCUGACAUUAUGAUACUUUUUGCAUAUGGAGCUCAUGGAGACUACAUCCCUUUCGAUGGUAGAGGUGGAGUCAUAGCCCAUGCUUUCGGACCUGGAACCGGGAUUGGGGGAGACACACAUUUUGAUGAGGCUGAAAUCUGGACUAAAAACUACAAAGGCACAAACUUGUUCCUCGUUGCUGUUCAUGAGCUUGGCCAUUCCUUGGGUCUGAGCCAUUCCAGUGAUCCAAAAGCCAUCAUGUUCCCUACUUACAGUUAUGUUAACCCCAACACCUUUCGCCUCUCUGCUGAUGAUGUACGUGGCAUUCAGUCUCUCUACGGUCUCCCAGAAAGGCGCCAACCCUCAUCAAAUCCUGACAGUAGAGAACCAGCCACCUGUGACCCCAACUUGAGUUUUGAUGCUGUCACUACAAUGGGAAAUAAAAUCUUUUUCUUUAAAGACAGAUUCUUCUGGUGGAGGUAUCCUGAGAGUCCAAUGAGCAAUGCUAGUUUAAUUUCUUCUUUGUGGCCAACCUUACCAUCUGGCAUUCAAGCUGCCUAUGAAGUUGGAGCCAGAAAUCAAGUUUUUCUUUUUAAAGAUGAUAAGUACUGGUUAAUUAGCAAUUUGAGACCACAACCACGCUACCCCAAGAACAUACAUUCUUUGGGCUUUCCUGACUUUGUGAAAAAAAUUGAUGCAGCUGUUUUUAACCCACUUCUCCAUAAGACCUACUUCUUUGUAGAUAAUCAAUAUUGGAGGUACAAUGAGAGGAGACAAUUCAUGGACCCAGGUUAUCCCAAAUUGAUUACCAAAUACUUUCCAGGAAUUAGACCUACAAUUGAUGCAGUCUACUAUUAUAACAGACACUACUAUUUCUUCCAGAGAUCUGACAUAUUUGAAUAUGAUGUCGUAUCCCAACGUGUCACCAAAAUGCUGAAACAAAAUAUCAAGUUAGGUUGUUAG